AUGGCGCCGGCGGGGCGGCUGGUUCUGUGUGAAGAGGAGAUCCGGGGGAAGACCGGGCUGGCGCCUCACCGCGGCCUGGCUGAACUUUGGUCAUUAUCUAUUCCUGGAACUUACCAAGAAAAGAUUACUCACCUAGGAAAUUCUUUGAUGAAUUUAACAGGUCUAAAAUCUCUAGAUCUCUCACGAAACUCCUUGGUUAGUCUAGAGGGCAUGGAGUACCUGGCGGCGCUGGAGCGUCUCAGCGUCUACCACAUCCGCAUCUCCUCGCUGGCGGAGGUCUUCCGGCUCCACUGCUUAACGGAGCUCGCGGAAGUGCACUUCCGGCUGUACCCUGUGGUGGAGAGCAAGUCUGACUACCGCCUCUUCGUGGUGCGCAUGCUCCCGCGGCUGCGGCAGCUGCAUGACCGCCCUGUGAGGGAGAGUGAGCGGAGAGCAUCCCGGCUGCAUUUGGCUUCGGAGGAAUCGUUGGACUCAAAGCACACCUUCCCGGCCGUUUUCGGAGUCGAAAGACUGCAUCACUCCGGAGCCAAGUGCGCUGCCCCCUCGGCCAAGAAGUUUGUCAUGGACGCGGGUGAUGAGGCGGCCCUGAACCUCAUUGCCGAGUGUGGGUGGGGCUUGAGCAGCCCUCCUGGGAGCACGAGUUCCAGCCAGCAGGAGCAAGAGGCCAGCUUCCAGCGCUCCAAGGAGUGCUCCCGAGAGCAGUGUUAUUUCAGUGAAAUCCAGUUCUUCGUGUUUCCCUUCGUGGUCGUGCUUUUUGGUGUGCUGCCCCUGCUUGUGGAGGGUUCCUCCCACGGACCGGUCCACGUGAUGGGGACCCCACCGACCCCACCCUGGCUCAGCCCCUCCUUCUCAGAAGACAAGUUUAUUGACGCAAAAGGGGUUAAAUCCUUUGCCUGCUCGGAAAAGCACAGGAAGCGAAGGGUGUGUCCCAAUUUGCACUUGGCCGUGCCGCCUGGGAAGAAGGCCACCCUGGAGGUGGCUCUCCUUGACCUGGUGGGCAGGCACUGGAGUGGCUGCAGCCCCCUGCACAGCAGCGAGGUGUUCCUCGCUCAGGCAAGACACAUCUUGUCAUCUGUCCAAGAGUUUACAGCCACUCAGGACAGUUCAAUAACAGUGAGUGAAGAAAUUAGCUCCCUGACUAUGGAAAAUAAGUCUUUGCAGAGUCGCCUUGCUGAGCUACAGCAGCAGUGUAGCGUGAAGAUGAGUGAGGUGGUGUCGGAACUCAGCGACACUCGGAAGGAGAUGGAUCACCUGAGGCAGCAUCUGGGCAGAACUCUGGAGGAAAGCAGUAGCUUGAAGUCUCUUCUGUUCAGCGUGAAAAAAGAAGUGAGAAACGCCGACGCUCCAUCCACACUGAACUUGCAGAUCACUGGAUUUCAGACAAGUGUGAAGCGGCUCUCCGGGGAGAUUGUGGAACUAAAGCAGCGUCUGGAGCACUAUGACAGGAUCCAGGAACUCACCCAGAUGCUGCAGGAGAGCCGUAGGUCCCUGGUCAGCACCAACAAGCACCUCCUUUGGGAGCUGGGCCGGGUGCGGGCGCAGCACGAGGCCGAGGUGGAGCCGCUGCACUGGAGCCACAGGGAGCUCAGACCACGGCCCUGUGCCCCAGCCUCCCGCCCGCGUCCAUGCCCUGAGCGCUCUUCUCCGUGGGUGUCUGUCUUCAGGGCCUGUGGGGCGGGGCGGGGGGGGUCUGAAGUGUCCUAAAACGACAGGCUCAUCCAAGCCCCUUACAUGUCUUGAGACAAACAGGUCAGUAGUUUUUCAUCAAAUAUCUUGAGAAAAUGCUGUAUUUUUUUGCCUAACGUGCAAGAAAGCAGCUCUGUAGGACGGUUAAAGAAAAUAAUUGAUUGUGUAACAAGCAACCCUUAUUUAAUGAACUAAUACAUUGUCCUAAAAAGUGGCUCUUCGAUUAUAACUGAGUUUCGCGUUGAGUUCUUUUAUGAAAUAAGCCGUGCACCACGGUUGAUGAGCACGAACUGCAAGAUCUGAGACUAAAUACAAGUAACACCUAGAGCUGUGAAGAAUAAUGUCUGUGGCAUUAACUUUCCACAGGAGAAAUACCGCCCAAGCCCCGCUCUCCUUGGUUUGCAGUUCAUUUCUGAAAAGUAUGUCCUAACAGGGCGUAAAAUUAGAUUUUUAGAUUGGAAACGUUGUUAUCUUAGGUAAUACUUGCUUUCUUUGGUGAAGCGAAGUGAUUGUUGAGAGUGCCGUGCGGUGGACUUAGGGAGCAGAGCUGCAGGUCGCGAGCAGGGUCUGGCGCAGGCCCUGGGGCUCAGGAGGCGGCCCUCGCCUUCAGGUCGCGUUGCGUUUUCGUAACCACAGGGAAGUCGGUAUGGGGGGGUGCGUGUUUCAUCAUGAGAUUUUUUUCUUAUUUAAAGAUUUUCGCAUGAAUCCGUUUUCAGCUUGUAGAAGAUUGUCGCCAUGCUGUUACUUUAUGUUUCUCGUUUGGGUUACGUUAAGCUUUGUAUUUUUCAUCAAACGUGGGAAGUUUGGGCCAUGAUUUCCUGUUAUUUCUCCCUUGACCCGAGCCGCCUUUCCGAUCCCCUCCCCCCAGCACUCCAGUGACGCCAUGUCAGCCCCUGGGUCUGGCCCCCCCUUUCCCUAAUCUUGGGUCUUUUCCUCCUUAGUGUUCUAGGAGCUUCGGUUGGGUGGCCUCUGUUGUCCCGUCACAGAGUUUACUGCUGUUUCCUCCAUGCGCCUGACCUGCUGUUGGGCUUGUAGACUGAAUUUUUAAUUUUAGAAAUUGUAUAUUCCUUCGUACUAAAAUUCCAUUUGGUCCUUUUUUAUAAAAAGGAAAGAACACCUUUUUUAUAAAGGUUUUAUUUCCCAUUAUGUUCAUGUUUCAUUUAACUCCUUAACCAUAUUCUGAGUGGCGUUACUACAGAUCAUCUGGAACUCUUUGCGAACUGGUGACACCAGCUAACGCUGCUGCUGGCAGGUACGUGGGGACACCUGCUGGCCCUCGCGCCCCACACUUUCCAUCAGGCUUCUAGAAGUCCGCCUCCUAGGGAGUCCUGCACCUGCUGCCCCAUCGGCCAGGGUGUGCACCUGCCUUUCCAAGGUGCCUGGUCAAGGAUUUUCCCUAUUUUCCUACCGGAUAGUCUGUCUCUUAACUUGUAGGAGUUAUUUGUAGUGCUGGGUACUAGUACUUUGUGCAUUAUGUUUGCAAAUAGCUUUUUCUUGUCUUUCCACAUUUUAAUGGUGUGUUUUGAUGAAGAGAAAAUUUAAACUUUAAAGUUUUUUUUUGUUGUUGUUAUUGAU